GCGCUGGGUCACUUGUGUGGGAAGUGCUGAAAUUUCAACGCGUCACAGCCGCGUUACGCACGGAUCACACGCAGAUUCUGAUCGCCGACGAGCUCGAGGGAACGACGCGUUUAACGGCGGCACUUUAAGCCGAGAACUAGUCCUCUACUUGAUAACUCAGCAGCUAACUAACUACUCCAGCAGCAGUCCGUUAGCGAGCGUCACUCACACCUUCGCAUCUCAGGGCUCGGAUAUUAACACUUCCGAUCGAGCUGAUCGAUCAAUCAAUGAUCAUGGAGAGGAAGAAGGCGGACUGUCCGGCGCUUCCACCCGGCUGGAAGAAGGAAGAAGUGAUCCGGAAGUCCGGGAUGAGCGCUGGGAAGAGUGAUGUGUAUUAUUACAGUCCCACAGGAAAGAAGUUCCGCAGUAAACCGCAGCUAUCCCGCUAUCUCGGGAACUCGGUGGAUCUGGGAUGUUUCGACUUUCGCACGGGCAAAAUGAUGCCCAGCAAGAUGCAGAAGAACAAGCAGAGACUGCGCAGCGACAACCUCAGCCUGAGCAAGGGGAAGCCGGAUCUGAACACGGCGCUGCCCAUCAGACAAACAGCCUCCAUCUUCAAACAGCCGGUCACUAAAGUGGUCAAUCAUCCCAACAACAAAGUCAAGACAGACCUCCAGAGAGCCACGGAGCAGCCGCGACAGGUGCCUCCAUCACUCAGAGUUUGCAGUUUUUUAAAGGAUGUAAGUUGGGACGGAGUUCCACUCACGAACAUCAACCUCUUCCACAUCAGAAGAGAAGAGAAACCCGGUUUGAUUGACAGGCCAGGUCAGAGCCUUCAUCCCGCUCUCCUCCUCUUCCUCCUCAGGGAGCAGGAGCUGAAGGUGCAUCAGGCGCGCCGCAGUCUGGAAGAAGCUCUGAUGGCCGACGGUUUGGCGCGAGCCGCCGAGUCCAGACGAGACACGCAGGGCAGAGCGGCGUAAAGAGAAACAGGUUUGUCAGUGCACUGGAGUCCCGCUCCGCCCGCCGUGGACGCCUGCAUAUGAUGUCAUCAGUCUGCGUCAGCGGCACACGUUCAAUAACCCUUUACCAAUAGCUUCAACCAAGGCCUUUUUCAACUAGAGCGUAUAUUUUGAUGUACAUAUCUUUAUAUAAUUGAGAACAAUGCUUAUUUUGUGUCAGACAGAAGACAGAGAACUCGGCUUUUAUACGGCAAACACAGAGCAAUACUUCCUCGCCUCAAAUCAGGUCACCGUCGCUGGGUUUGUAUCGCAAACUCUUUUUACUUUCGUUUGGUGUCGUUGCUCUCCAUUUGUCAGGGUUUGUGACAAAUGAUUAAUGCAUCUGCAAACGUAUGAAUGAAAAAUGCUUAUUUAAGAAAAAAAUUUUAUACCUUGAGAUAAAAAUGUGUACAU